UGGAGAGGAAGGACACAGAAGUCCAGCAGUACCGUGAGAACAAAGGAAAACACUAAAGACAAAGGAAUGAGCAAGAAUCAGAAAGAAGUGAAGAAAAUCCAGUCAGUUUUUCUGCAAAACUUGGACAAAGUAAACCAGGGGAUAAAGCCAGACAAAAAAAGCUGGAAACCUAAAGAAGGAGACUUUGCUGUGCAGACAGCAAUGGAAAAGCUGCGACAACCUCCCAUAGCUGGACAAGUAGCUAAAAGCUCAGCUCACAGAAUCAGCAGAGACCUGACCUGCUCCAUCUGCUUGGAUCUUUUCAAGCAGCCAGUGUCCUUGCCCUGUGAUCACACCUUUUGCCAGGGUUGCAUUGAGGGUUACUGGGCAGGGCCGCGGGGCGUCGGGCAAGGUGGAAACGGUUCCUGCCCUCAGUGCAGGAAGAUGUUCCCCAGACCGAUCUACAGACCCAACCGUAUUGUGGCCAACAUAGUGGAGAGUUACUGUCAAGGUCUGGAGGAGAGUGGGACUGGAGCCUGCCUACCAGAUGCUGGGGUGACAGAGAGGGCUCCUGCACCAGUUGCACGCUGCAGCCGGCACAGGGAGGAGCUGAAACUGUACUGUGAGGAGGACCAGGAGCUGGUGUGUCUGGUGUGUGGCAUCUCCCAGGAGCACAGAAAUCACACCAUGGUGUGUGUCCAGGAGGCAGAACAGAAGUACAGGGCAUCUUUACACAGUUCAAUGGACUCCUUAAAAGCUGAGCUCAACAUAGCCCUGCAGUGUGACAGAGAAGCUGAAGACGAGGUUAAGAAGCUAAAGGAGCACACUGCUGAUCUGAAGCAGCGCAUCGAGGCCCAGUUCAGCGACCUGCACCAGUUUCUUUACCAGGAGGAGAAACUUCUGCAGGUGAAGCUGAAGACAGAGGAGCGAAGAGAGCUGAUUCGCCUGGAUGAGCACAAGGCCCUGCUGUGCGUGGAGAUUUCCCGUCUGCAGAGGGCUGUCCAUGAGAUAGAGGACAAACUGAAAGAGCAGGACCCAUUCACUCUGCUCCGGAGCAUCAAAGCACUUCUCCAGAGGCCUCCACUUAAGUUUGAGAAACCCGUGUUUACACCGCCCAGUCUGUGUGAGGGCCGGUUUGCAGGGCCCCUGCAGUACAGAGUGUGGAAAUCCAUGAAAGGAAGCAUCUAUCCAGUUCCAGCGGCCAUUACAUUUAACUCCAGCACAGCCAACCCUUGGCUCAGUCUGACUUCCUCCCUCACCUGUGUUCGCUACCAGAACUUUAACCACACUGUGGAGGACAACCCCAACAGGUUUAACGCCGCCCUGUCACUGCUGGGGAGCCAGGGCUUCACCCAUGGGCGCCACUACUGGGAGAUUGAAGUCUACAGCAGCACAGUCUGGACUGUGGGGGUGGCCCGUGAAUCAGUUCCCAGAAAGGGAGUCAUCAAAGCCCUUCCAGCUAAUGGCUUCUGGACUAUCUCGCUCUCUUAUGGGAUUCAGUACAUGGCAGGUACAUCCCCUCCAACUGUUCUGUCCCUGGAGGAGCCACUGGCCAGGAUUGGUGUGUACCUGGAUUACAAGAGGGGCCUGGUGUCCUUCUACAAUGCAGAGAGCAUGACGCACCUCUACACCUUCGGGGAGACCUUCACUGAAACACUGUACCCUUACUUCAAUCUGGGCUUUCUGGAUAAAGUGCAUGAAAACGAGCCUCUCAAAGUCUUCUUACCAAAGAUUUAACCACUGUGAAAAAAGGGAGAACAAAGAGGCAAACAGUUACCAAAAGUACCUAGACACCAAUAAAAUCAUAUAUGAAUGAAAACAGCUUCUACUGUACAGACUUGUGCAGAUUUGUAACUGUGCACAUGCACCGUGCAGUUUAUCUAAUCAGAAGUCAGAAACACGUGUAUCCUAAUAAACAUUCUUAUAUUGCUUUGUUGAGUUUGCAGACUAUGAAUCUAUUGCCACACAUUUCAUUUCAGAGAAGCUGUGCUUCAGUGAAGAAUGUGAAACUGUCCGGUUACCUGACUGUAGUGACAUUAUUGUAAUGUGCUCUUAUAUAAUCUUCUUUGUGCAUGUUUCUCUACUACAUUCAGUGUCUUUUUUUACUCUGUAAAUAACCUGUAAACCUCUGUAAAUAUCCUGAAUUAUACUGGACUCGAACCAUUUUAAUGAUGUGAUGCAUUCAGGGAUCACGGAGAAACUUUUUUUAAAAAUUAUAGCAAACAGCAGGUUG